AUGAUUCAUAUCUCUCAUCAAUACACCUUGACGGUGAUAUCUCACGCAGACAAGCUUUCAGAAGAGCAGAUCAAAUAUGUGGAGGAAAUGCUUUUCCCCAAAUGGAAGGUGACCACGUUGACCAAAGAGGUAUUGGGAUCCAAUAACCGAGUCAUUGAUUACCACGUUAGAGCGGAAACUCCAGAAAAUGUUAACCAACAAGUCAAGUUAGAACUCCUUCAAGACUCUCCAUCAUCUGGCUAUGAUAUAAUUUUCCAAAAGAGAGACACUAGAGAUAACAAGAGACUCUUUGUAUUUGAUAUGGAUUCCACAUUGAUCUAUCAAGAAGUAAUUGAAUUGAUUGCAGCAUACGCUGGAAUUGAAGAUAAGGUUGCAGAAAUUACAGAAAGAGCCAUGAAUGGAGAAUUGGACUUCAAUGAAUCUUUAAGAGAAAGAGUGUUGUUGUUGAAGGGUAUUGAUGCCACCAGUAUUUGGGAAGAAUUAAAACACAAGAUUGUCAUUACCAAUGGUGCUCGUGAAUUAUGUCAAGCCUUGAAGAAGUUGGGAUGUGUCAUGGCUGUUUGUUCUGGAGGAUUCAUCCCAUUGGCCGAACAUGUCAAGACUGAGUUAGGUUUGGACUAUGCGUAUGCCAACCAAUUAGGUACCACUUCCGAGGGAAUUUUGGAUGGUACCACUAGAGGAGUCAUUGUUAACGGAGACAAAAAGGCAGAAUUAUUACUUGAAAUUGCCACUAAACAUGAUGUCGAUCCUAAGGAUGCCGUUGCUGUUGGAGAUGGUGCCAAUGAUCUCAACAUGAUGGCAGCUGGUGGAUUCGGGGUUGCUUGGAACGCCAAGCCAAAGGUCCAACUCUUAGCACCAUGUUGUUUAAACACAAAGUCCUUACAGGAUAUCUUGUACAUUAUGGGAUUCAACGACGAAAAGAUCAAAGAAUUGACCAGUAAAUAG